UCAAUUUUUAUAGUUUUUAUCGAAAGUAGAUAAUGCUAUACGCUUGGUGAAAAAUUUUCAGAUUUCAUUUUUUAAAGUGAAUAUUUUUUAGUUCGAUCAUAUGAUUUUGUCAACCUGAGUCAAUUUUUGCAACUGAGCGAUGCGUCGAGCAUUGCCUUUACUUCUGUAUGGUCUAAUUUUGGCCACGAAGCCUGCAAUAGUAAAACUUCAUGUGACAAUCCUCUCUAACAAUACAUUCGGCGAUGUAAAUGCUGACGUCGGAGGACAAUUCAAGUGGAUCGUAACAGUGAAAUGCAAUAAUAGCUGUCCUAUCAGUUGGCAUCACGAUGGUAAAGAGAUUCGAUCAGAAGACAGUUCAAUUUCAGAGAAAUAUAACACCACGUCAGACAUUCAUCACCGUUUUAAUGGGACAAAGAAAUCAAAAAAACAUAGAUAUAUUAAUAAAACAGUGCAACUUGCGAUAAAUAAUAUAAGCAUUUUCGAUUUCGGCACCUAUCGAAUGCGAGACAAGUUUAAUGGCAUCGAUUUACCAAUCGAAUGUAAUCUAAUCGUAAAAGACGCACCGAAGGUCAAUCUAUCAGAAAGUAUUGACAUGCUGACGAUAAAUAAGUCACAAAAUGAUGAUUGUAAAAGUGACCAGACAUUCCAGAUCAAUUGUUCAGUGACUGGGUAUCCUUUGCCACAAGUUGAAUGGUAUCAGAGCGAUUCAGAUUCUUUAGAAUAUAACCGUCAAGAAAUUCCGGCUUCCUAUUACAACACAACAAACUAUACUCCAUAUCAUUUGAUAUCAACGCUUAAAAUUCAAAAAGGAGAAGAAAAAACUGUUUUCUGUAAAGCAACCAAUGAAAACGGAACACAGGAAAGAUCCUAUCAUCUCAAUGCCACAAAUACCAGUGAAUGCAAAGGAUACGAUGAUGACCAUGGACAUACAUUUUAUAUAAUAGGAAUAGUGAUACUGCUCAUUAUCCUGGUAGCAUGUAUCACGUUGUUGAUGAAGGAAAAACGUAAAAAAAAGAAAUUGAAAAAAGUAUUACAAGAAAUCGGAUUAUCGCAUUUUGAAGAAGGAGACGUGACACGUUUGAAUUCCAACAUCGAUGUUCACAAACAAGCUCUACUGCUGCCUUACGAUAAAAAAUACGAAUACCCGAAGGAAAGAUUACAAUUUGGUAAAGUGCUCGGAACUGGAGCUUUUGGAGUAGUUAGAGAAGCGAUCGCGUACGACAUGCCUCAAAAAAACGCUAAAAGCGAAGUUGCUGUGAAAAUGAUUAAACGAUACAUGGAUCCAACAUGUAUAAAGGCUCUAUCUUCUGAACUCAAGAUAAUGAUAUACUUGGGGCAACAUUUAAACAUAGUUAAUUUGCUGGGAGCUUGUACGAAAAACUUGAAAAAUGGGGAAAUGGCUGUAAUUUUGGAACACUGUAAAUACGGAAAUCUACGAGACUAUUUAUUGCGUAAUCGAAAAAACUUCAUCAAUCAAAUUAACAAGAAUGGAGAAAUUGAUUUCUCAAUAACCGCAGCUCAUCGAGAACUCCGCAAAAUGUCCACUAAAAAAAGUUUAUCGUUGAAAGAAGCACCGAUAGGGUCCGAUGGUUAUCUCGUGAAUAAUGACGAAAUGCCACAAGAAAGCUUUUCAAAUAAAUACGUCGAUUAUCGCAGCCUCGACGAGCCCAUUAAAACUGCUGAUUUGAUUAGUUGGUCAUUCCAAGUCGCUUGUGGUAUGAAAUAUCUGGCCAGUCGUGAGAUUAUACACGGAGAUUUAGCAGCAAGAAAUGUAUUACUAGCAGACAACGGAGUAGUAAAAAUCUGCGACUUUGGCUUGGCCAAAAAUACUUGCGGAGAUAAAAACUACCAGAGAAUAGAUUCGAAUAUGUUACCUGUCAAGUGGAUGGCUCUGGAAUCCAUCAAAGAUAAAACAUUUUCAACUCAAUCCGAUAUCUGGUCCUUUGGAGUCACCAUGUGGGAAUUUUUUUCACUAUCUGCCACACCAUAUUUAGGAAUCAACGAAGUGAUUGAGUUAUACGAGAAGUUGAAAUGGGGAUACAGAUUGGGAAAGCCUAAAUUCGCCACUGAAGUGAUUUACCUAAUAAUGAAAGAUUGCUGGCAUUUCUGUCCUGAACUACGACCCUCGUUUUCCAUUUUAACCGAACGACUCGUCCAUUUACUAGGAGACGAUGUGCAAUUUAAUUGUUCAAAACUGAAUCAAAUGUAUUCAGAAAUAAGAUCUGACCUGGACAGGGAAGAAAUUCAUUCGCACAUAUUGAAUCAUCCUACAAGUCGUAAAAACUCGAAAAAAUCCACAAGACCAGUUAUUUCUUUCGACGGAUACGCGAAAAUAGAGAGUCUUGGGAUAAGCGUUGGAUGGAUUUAAUACCUGAAAAAAAAUACAACAUUAUUUAAGUAGGCAACCAAACACACAUUUAUGUAUAUACAAAGGUUGUCCGGAAACAACUGAGACUGGUGCUCGCGUUUGAACACCCUUUGAGC